UGGCCAGUCACUUUCAGUUCUCCUCGGCCGUCCGCUAUAUUGCGCUUCCUUUUUCUGCGAUUAUUAUAUACCGCGCGCGCGUCUGCGACAGUCUUUACAGUUGUGAGAUCGAGACGCAAGAAUAAGCGCAUACGAACGGGAUGGCCGACCAACAGGAUGCGUCGCUCCUCGGGCGAACUGAGAGCCAGGAGAGUGUCGUGAGAACUCCGGGAAGGGCCUCCAUGAGCGACGCCAAAAUCGCCGGCAUCACUCUGCUGUUCUGCCUGCUCCUCGCAGGCCAGGGACUCACAGCCUACUUCGUCAUCACCCAGAAGAGCCAGAUCAGCACCCUGGAGCAGAACACAGACAGGCUGAAGACCCAGCUGACCCGCAGGCCCUCCGGAUCCAGCGCCCCUAAGAUGCUCCGCAUGCCUAUGUACAACAUGCCCCUUCUCAUGGAUGUGUCCAGCGAGAAAAAGGAGAUUCCUAUGACGAAGCUGGAGGACACUGUUAUGGUCAACCUGGAGAAGCAAGUUAAGGACCUUCUGGAGGACCCACAGCUGCCCCAGUUCAAUGAGACGUUCCUGGGAAACCUCAAGAGCCUGAAGGGUCAGAUGGAGGAGUCGGAGUGGAAGGGCUUUGAGAGCUGGAUGCAUCACUGGCUGGUCUUCCAGAUGGCCCAGCAGAAGCACCCUGCACCCACCCCAGUGCCUGGGGAGGCCACCACACCCCUGGGAGCAUACAAACUCCAGACAAAAUGCCAGCUGGAGGCAGCCGGCGGCGGCUCCGUGAAGCCGGGCUUCUACCGCCCCCAGUGUGACGAGCAGGGCAACUACCUGCCCAUGCAGUGCUGGCACAGCACCGGCUACUGCUGGUGCGUCGACAAGAACGGCGUGCAGAUCCCCAACACCCUGGUGCGCGGGAGACCCGUCUGCGGAGGCAUGCCUGGCGCUGACCAGAUGAUGGCAUUCCCCAGCUUGGCCAGAAUGGUGUCGAUGAAGGAUGAUUAAAAGCUGUGCUGAAAUCAUGAUGCCAACAGCUGUCACCAUGUGCUCCUAACUUAUCUAUUUCUCUGAAGCAAUCAUUAAACAACAGCUCAUUAAGGCACUCUUGACAACUUUUGACAGUUCCUUUGUAAUCAUUUUUUCAUGGUAGAAGGUAAAAGAAUACGCUUUCAAUCUGUUGAGUGUGUAAUGUGCUUAUCAACAGCUGGGGUGAAGGCUUUUUCAUGCUUUUGUAACAGGCAGGAGGGAGAGGCUCUAUCCUUUUCUCGAUGUAUAGCAGCCCCCCUCCUGCCCGGACCUGAACCGACCCAACUACCCUCACACCUACCUUUCCCAUCCACACUUAACCUGCCCAGUCAUAACCCCCACCUGUCUACUCACUUACCUUGACCACCCAUCCCACCUGUCCUAAAAUGCCUCAAAAGCACCUACUACAAAUGUAAAUUAUCAGUAGCCACACCUUCUCCUCAGACUUUUUUUUAUCUUCAUCUUUUCAGACAUUUGAAAAUAAACCUACUGUGAUAUGUAUGACAACUGUUACUUCUGAUGAAUCUCAAGUAUGCUUAAAUAGCAGGCAUGAAUAAGAAGAUUAAUUUCUGUUUUGAAGAAAAAUGUGUACUGCACCAUGACUGGGCUCUUAAUAAAAUGAUCGAUUUCUAACUAAAAA